GUCGCGGUGGCCGUGACGGGGGCAGGCGCGGUCGCGGGACGAGAGGGUUUUUGUCACCUCUCUGCAAAAAAAAAUGUUGCGAUUUUGAAAAUGCAGAAGGAAUUUUUGUUGUCAGCGACAGUUUGACUGCAGCCUGGGCAGAGGUGCGACUUCUUUUGGACACAUGGCAAGCGAUACUAUAAAAGCAACCAAAUCAUUUUCAAAGUUUUACUCGUCUUCGUUAACUGAUCCCCUAAGCAUCCUUAGUUAGUUUGCCGUGUGAAAUUUACAUAUCGUGCGUCGUGCAGCGAUCCAAAAUUCAUCAAUCAAUCAAUCAAUUAUCAAAUAAUCUGUGAUCAUGGGUGAUGAACUGCCAAAGGAACAAAUUGCACUGCUUCGCAAUGCAUUCAAUGCAUUCGAUCCGGAGAAGAAUGGGUAUAUCAACACCACCAUGGUGGGCACCAUACUGAGCAUGCUGGGCCAUCAGCUGGACGAUGCGACGUUAGCUGAAAUCAUUGCCGAGGUCGAUGAGGAUGGCUCGGGUCAAAUUGAAUUUGAGGAGUUCACGACGCUGGCAGCGCGUUUCCUUGUUGAGGAGGAUGCCGAGGCAAUGAUGGCCGAGUUGAAGGAGGCUUUCCGCCUGUACGACAAGGAGGGAAAUGGUUAUAUCACAACUGGAGUUCUGCGCGAAAUUCUGCGUGAAUUGGACGACAAGCUGACCAACGACGACUUGGACAUGAUGAUUGAGGAAAUUGAUUCGGAUGGCUCCGGUACUGUUGAUUUUGAUGAAUUCAUGGAAGUUAUGACUGGUGGUGAUGAUUAAAAGACCGAAUAUUAUGAACCCAGUAUUUAUGAUCCCAUUAAGUCAUCUUUAGAAUCGGCUUUAGUGUAUCCAAGCUACAAUCUAACAGGAUUUAUUCCUAAAUCUAAAUUUAAAUUCAGCAGACUAUGCAUGUAAAUCAAUUUAAUAAAUUUGGAGUUUGAUGACAAACAAUUAUUAAAUACGCAAACACCAAUAUGCAAUAUUUGAUUCAAAUUAAAAAAUUAGACUGGAAAAGAGGGAAUAAUAUCGGAUAUACAAUUUGUAGUAUGUUUGUACCAUUAAUAAUAUAAUAUAAUAUAAAUAUGUAAAUUUAUACAAAUUACAACCGAAAUGUCGGUUUCGAGAGCUUUGGUUCGCCCUUUAACUUAGAAAUAUCAUAUACUUUUAGAAACUCAUAGAUCUCCAUAUUUUACAAAUAUAAAUAAGAAACUUAAUUCAUUAA